UUCGGCUGUGUGGCUUAAUGAUUUUUUAAAAGGUUCCAUUGAUAUAAUUGUUUAAUAUUAAAUAUAUAGAAAAAAUAAUAUAAAAUACAAUAUGGCAGAUGAAAAAACACCUCUACUAAAAGGAAUCGUUAUAAAUAUUCCUUUGCCAGAUAAAGAAAUCAAUAAUAAUAUAUUCAGUUUUGACACAACAAAAAGUCUAACUUUAGAGGAAUUACUUCGAUAUCAAAGUGAUCCAUGGUGGCAAAAUUUACGUAAAGCAUGUUUAAUAAUAUUUUGGACCUUUUUAUUCGUUAUCUUUAGUUUAGCUUGCAUUUUAAUUAUAUUACAAUAUGAUUCAUGUCCAACAACAAAUAUGAUAAUAACAACAACAACAACUACAUUACGUACAACAAAUUUAGCAACAGUAACAUCUGAAUUAUCAUCAAAAUUUAUUUAUAAUGAUAUAAGUAUAGAGGCGCGCGCAACUUAUCAAUUAUAAUUGAUGAUGAUAGUAACACAAUUUCAUCUGUACUAGGAAAUAUUAAUGAAAAUAAUAAA